AUGCUCUCUUCAUCUCCCUCGUCUGCAACCAGUGUCCACAUUGAACAUCUUCUCCAUCUCUCUUCGUCCCCUCCCAACGCCACCUUCAAGCCCAAAUUCAUUAAAUCAGCUCAACCCCGCAGCACUCGUUUAACUUCUCGAACCGAUAAAAAGAAGUUCUAUCUCCAGAAACCCAAUUCAGUUUCAGUUUCAUUGCUUGAAAAUGGCGGAGAGGAGGUUGCAGAAUCAGCUGAUGGCGCAUUUGACUUUCUGCCUGGGGGUUGUGAGCUCUUGCUCGAUUCGAUUAUAGAGCAGCCCGUGUCUGGUUUGAAUUCCUUCUUCGAUUCUAUCAUGAUUGAUUUGAUUGAAGUCGACUUGGUCAGUUUGUUGAAGGGUUUGGAUAUUUCGGGUAAUUGGGAAAGAGCUGUUUCUCUGUUUGAAUGGGUUGUGUUGAACUUGAACUCUCAGAGUAGUAAACUAGACAAUCAAGUUGUUGAAUUGAUGGUGAGAAUUCUAGGGAGAGAGUCUCAGCAUUCAAUUGCAGCGAAGCUGUUUGAUGCAAUUCCUAUUGAGGAGUAUUUCCUUGAUGUUCGUGCGUACACGACUAUUCUUCACGCGUAUUCUCGUGCUGAGAAUUAUGGACGAGCGAUUUCUUUGUUUGAACACAUGCAUGAAAUGGGUCUCUCUCCGACUUUGGUUACUUACAAUGUGAUGCUGGAUGUCUAUGGGAAGAUGGGUCGGUCUUGGGGUAAAAUUUUAACCCUUUUGGAUGACAUGAGAAGCAAAGGACUUGAAUUUGAUGAGUUCACUUGUAGCACUGUUAUAUCCGCUUGUGGAAGAGAGGGGAUGUUAGAGGAGGCCAAAAAGUUUUUGCCAAUGAAAGAGGACAAGGCCCUGAGAUUGUUUGUCCAGAUGAAGGAAUCAGGUUGUGUUCCUAAUGUAUGUACUUAUAAUGCCAUCCUUGGGAUGCUAGGGAAGAAAUCACGAUCAAUGGAGAUGAUGGAAAUUAUCUCUGACAUGAAGUCAAAUGGAUGUGCCCCUAACCGCAUUACUUGGAAUACUAUGCUUGCCAUGUGUGGAAGUAAAGGAAUGCACAAAUAUGUGAACCGAGUUUUUCGUGAGAUGAAGAAUUGUGGUUUUGAUCCUGAUAGAGACACGUUUAAUACUUUGAUAAGUGCAUAUGGCAGGUGUGGUUCAGGAAUUGAUGCUGCAAAAAUGUAUGAUGAGAUGAUUAAAGCUGGUUUUACUCCGUCUAUCACAACCUACAAUGCACUUCUAAAUGCCUUGGCUCGGCGAGGAGAUUGGAAAGCAGCCGAAUCUAUCCUUCUAGAUAUGAGAAACAAGGGCUUCAAGCCCAGUGAAACCACAUACUCAUUGAUGCUCCAUUCAUUUCAGGGACUGAAGAAAAAUGGAUACAAGCCUGAUUUGGUUUUGUUGAAUGCCAUGCUUUCCAUAUUUGCAAGGAACAAAAUGAACGAUCGUGCCCAUGAGAUUCUCGAACUGAUUCAUGAGAAUGGGAUGCAUCCUGAUCUAGUGACCUACAACAGCUUAAUAGAUAUGCAAGGGCUUAUGCAGGAAGCCAUGAGAAUUCUCUCAGAGAUGACAACUAGGGGAAUUAGGCCAUGCAUUGUAACUUUCAACACAUUUGUUGCAGGUUAUGCAGCUCGGGGAUUAUUUAAUGAAGUUGAUGAUGUGAUCAGUUAUAUGAUUCAGCAUAACUGUAGACCCAAUGAGCUAACCUACAAGACUGUUGUGGAUGGUUAUUGUAAAGCAAAGAAGUACAGAGAAGCCAUGGAUUUUGUGUCAAGGAUUAGGGAAAUGGAUAAUUCUUUUGAUGAACUAUCUUUGCACAGACUUACAUAUGGCGUGAGGGAGAAUAUGAUGUCAUGA